UUGCUGGGGGAUCGUGAGGCUGCUUGCUGGGCCCAUCACAGGCGGCAUGGACCUGGGAGGCCUCUGGCCUUGGCUGCUGGCUUUUCUCUCUUUGCCAGGUUUGAUCCUAGGAGCUCCCUCAGCCUCCGGCUGCUCCGGAGCCUGUGGGACCAGCUUUUCAGAGGACCUGCCUGCUGAGGAGACCCAGACAUCCUGGGACAAGGACAUCCCUGCCAUUAACCAAGGGCUCAUCCCAGAGGAAUCCCCAGAGAGCAGCUUCCUCCUUGAGGGGGACAUCCUCCGGCCGAGUCCCUUCCGGCUGUUGUCAGCCACCAGCAACAAGUGGCCAAAAAAUGGUGGUGUUGUGGAGGUCCCCUUCCUGCUCUCUAGCAAGUAUGAUGAGUCCAGCCGUGAGGUGAUCCUGGAGGCAUUUGCCGAGUUUGAACGUUCCACAUGCAUCAGGUUUGUCGCCUACCAGAGCCAGAGAGACUUCAUCUCCAUCAUCCCCAUGUCUGGGUGCUUCUCUAGUGUGGGACGCAGUGGAGGGAUGCAGGUGGUAUCCCUGUCACCUACCUGUCUCCAGAGGGGUCCAGGCAUUGUCUUACAUGAACUCAUGCAUGUGUUGGGCUUCUGGCAUGAGCACGCACGGGCUGACCGGGACCGCUAUAUCCGUAUCAACUGGAAUGAAAUCCUUCCAGGCUUUGAAAUCAACUUCAUCAAAUCUCGGAGCAGCAACAUGCUGGUGCCCUAUGACUACUCAUCAGUGAUGCACUAUGGGAGGCUUGCUUUCAGCCGGCGUGGGCUCCCCACCAUCAUACCACUCUGGGCCCCCCGUGUCCACAUUGGCCAGCGAUGGAACCUGAGCACCUUGGACAUCACAAGGGUCCUCAGGCUUUAUGACUGCAGCCCAAGUGGCCUUGACCCCCAUGGGAGAGGGCUCCAGCCUCACAGCAAUGGUAGGAGCCCCACUCCUGACUCUACACCCUACCUGCAGCGGCUUCUGAAGGCACUGAUGGAAUCCAGCAGCCCGGACACUGGAGACCAGCAUGUAGCUGCAGGGCCUGGAGAAAGCCCAGGGGGGUGGGAGCACCCUGCCCUGAGGAAGCCUGGCGUAGAAGCCUCUGCAAGGCUGCCUCAGCCUCCAGCCUCCUCCCCAAGCUCAAGGCCUGGAGCUGAUGCUCCUGCUAUUGCUCUGGAGCAGUCCUGGCUGGCUCGGGCACUGAUGGGGCCCCCAACCCCAUCUCUGGAAGACCCGGCAGCACCCAACCAGGCUGCUUUGGAGAACCCAGAUCUACCAGGAGCACCUGGAAGUCACCUCAGGGGCAUGCCCAGGCUCCAGGCCUGUGGCUUCUGUCCCCAGGUGGGAAGGGUAACCUCUGCCCAGAGUAGCCAGGUUGAGUAACUCUU